AUGUCGUGUCCGCCAGCCGAGGAAGACUUUAAAGGCGCCACAGAUCGCUUUCUGGCGUGGUUCAAAGCCGGCGGUGGUGUCUUCCGCGACGACCUGCUAGAAAUUCAAGAUCUGAGACACAAAGACGCUGGCCGAGGAAUCAUCGCAAAGAAAGACAUACCCGAGGACACAACGCUAUUCACUAUCCCCAGAGACCUCAUCAUCAGCGUGGAGACUUCCGAACUUCCCAGUAAACUGCCAGAAGUUUUCGACGCGUUUGUCGGUGGUGAAGGCGACGAUGAGAAAGAACCACUCGACUCAUGGACGUCCCUCAUACUGAUUAUGAUGUACGAGCAUCUACAGGGCGAUGCAUCACGCUGGAAGCCAUAUCUGGACGUACUACCACGGACGUUCGAUACACCCAUCUUCUGGUCCGAUGCAGAACUGAAGGAGCUCGAGGGAACUUGCCUUUCGGUCGACAAGAUUGGGAAGCAGCAGAGUGAUGACAUGUUGAAAUCGCGCGUUGUUCCUGUCGUCGAGCAAAGCCCUGAGGUAUUCUAUCCGGAAGGCGCGGCAGAGCUGACAAGCCAAGAACUUCUUGAUCUUGCGCAUCGUAUGGGUAGCACGAUCAUGUCUUACGCUUUCGACCUGGAUAACAAAGACGAAGAGUCCGACAACGAAGAAGACGGAUGGGUUGAAGAUCGUGACGGCACCAUUCCUCUUGGAAUGGUACCCAUGGCAGACAUACUCAAUGCGAAUGCCGAUUUCAACGCGCAUGUCAAUCAUGGCGACAGUCUCGAAGUUACGUCGCUUCGCUCAACUCUGCCAGCUGGGUCGGAGGUCCUCAACUACUACGGUCCAUUACCAACGUCUGAGCUACUACGCCGCUAUGGCUACGUAACACCUGAACAUGCUCGUUACGAUGUAGCGGAGCUAUCUUGGAGCCUCGUUCGCGCAGCGCUCAUUGAACAGUUCACAGUGUCGGAAGAGGUCGUUAGCAGGGUCGAGGCAAAGCUGGAAGAGAACGAAGAGUUCGAAGAGUACUUCAUCAUCGAGCGUGACUCCGGCGAUCCAGAUUCGGAAGGGCAGCUCACGUAUCCGGCUCAGCUGCGCGAAGUGUCUCCUGAGCUGGAAGAGCAAGUGAAGGCUGUUUUCAAGGGCAUCAAGAAGCAGAAGCCGGAGCUGUUCUCGGAGAAGCGGAAGCGCGUUGACGACUACCAAGCGAUCGUAUCGAAGGCUCUGACUGCAAAGCUUGAGACGUAUCCGACGACCAUGGAAGAAGACGAGACGCUUCUCAAAGGUGACGACCUGGCUAAGCGCCAUCGCAUGGCGAUCACAGUCAGGCUCGGUGAGAAGAGGCUGCUUCAUGAAGCUCUGGCACUUCUGCAGCGGGACGACGAGGAUAACGUCGCAACUCAGGCCAGGAAGAAGAUGAAGCAAAAGGCGUAA